AUGAUCGCUGACGGUGCCAAGCGGCUGCAGGAGCUGGGUGUGUCCAAGGUGCUCGUCAACCUGACGCCCCCAAUGGGCUGCCAACCGUAUCGGACCUGGAUGACCAACUACGCCCAAUGCGACAGCCACGUCAACACGGCGAGCAGCAUCCACAACGCGGCUCUCAAAAGGAAGAUGGACGACUUCCAAGACGUGCUCGUGCUCGACCUCGACUCCAUAUUCAGCCAACUCAUCCAAUCCAACUCCGAGUUCAAGGGCAAGUACACACCGUGUUGCGAUGCUACAUCUAAACCAGAAGGCUAUUGCGGACAGGAGGACAGCAAUGGCAACGCGCAGUACAGCCCAUGCCCCAACCCGGAGGAUUUCUUCUACUGGGACUGUGUGCACCCCACACAAGCAGGCUGGGAGGCCGUCAUGAACCGCCUGGAGCAACCCAUCCUGAAUUUCUUAGGCUUGUACUCCUAG